CGGCGCCGCGAACGUCGGAGGCAGCAACGACGCGUCGCGACGCUUUCGACGCACGACACGUGGACACAUCCUGCAAAAGCUGCUUCUGGUCGCCGCGGAACUGUCAGCGAGCUUCUCUUGUACAGUCGUCCGCCCCUGUGAGCGCGCCUGUCGCCCCGCUGCCCCUGGCGGGGUGUCUGCAGCCAACAAGUGUGGGAGCGAGAGGCAACAGGUAGUCUGCUGGUGUGACGCGGCCGCCCUUAUCUGGAUGGACGGCACGGCCGUGGCGUGCGCGCUGCUCGCCGCCGCCGCCUACUACAACACGCUGGACGCCGGCUUCGUCUACGACGACAGGCGGGCCAUCCUCGGCAACCCGGACGUGACGGGCAACGAGACGUCGCUGUGGCGGCUGGCGACGUCGGACUUCUGGGGCACGCCGCUGCGGCUGGCCGGCUCGCACGGCUCGUGGCGGCCGCUGGCGGUGCUCAGCUUCCGCGCCAACCACCUGCUGGGCGGCGGCUGGCACGCCGCCAACGCCGCGCUGCACGCCCUCUGCGCCGCGCUGCUGGUGCGCGUCGCGCGCCGCCUCCGGGCCGCCCCCGGCGUCGCGGGGGCGGCGUUCGCGCUGCACCCGGCGCACUGCGAGGCCGUGGCCGGGCUGGUGGGCCGCGCCGACGUCGCCGCCGCCGCCUGCUCGCUGCUGGCGCUGCUCUGCUACGCGCGCCACGCCGACCUGCGCGACGCCGCCGACGCCCGCCGGCGGCGCUGCCGCGGCUGCGGGGGCCCCGUGCACCGCCAGCAGGGCUGCGCCCUCCGGAGGGCUCUCGCCGCCGCCAAGGGCCUCCUCGGCGCCGCUCUCUGCUCGGCGAGCGACCGCCUCUCUUGCCAAACCCGCAACUCCUCUCACCCCCCUGCCACCGGCACAGUCACGACGAACGGUACUGCUUAUAAAUCCGGCGCCUGGCUGGGACAAACUUCUAAGUCACCUCGAGCUGACAUCGUCACUGAGUCCAAUGACGCCAACAACAACACCAGUACGAACGCACUCGCGUGUCAACAGGCUCCGUCGAAAACAUCCGUCGACUUCGAUACACCGCCAUCAAUCUCGAAAGCGAUCACGGCAGAAAUCACUCGCAUUAACGCCUCUCACACCACAUGUUGCAAACAACCUCGCACUUCAACGCAACAUUACAAUGGAACUGUUCCUCUCGCCUCUUGGCCGUCGACCGAACGGACGGAAAAUGAGGACGUUGCCGAAGGCAGUGAUGCGACACGAGACGCUAAUCACAACACUGAGUUCGUCAGUUCGUCGCAAUUGUUUUCAAUUAGCCAGUGGCGAUACCAGAACGCUUUCGACCAUCAUCUUGAAGAAAAGGUUGUGAGACGCAGCCUCUUCAGAGCCAAAAGGGAGGCGUCCAGCAGGCUCGGAAGUAAUGUGUUGAGGAGGAGGUGGAAGAAGUGUUUCAAGGACAAAAAUUUAAUCACAGACAGCGGUGAAGAUCAGAAACGGCUUCUGAAGACAGCAGAGAGGAGCACCUGUUGCGCCGCGGAGGGCUGCAACAAGGAAGAGUCGCGCUCGUGUCGGAACAGCGCCAGCGGCGGGCCGCUGCUGCAGCUGGUGGCGUGCGUUCUUCUGAGCGCAUGCGCGCUGCUCUUCAAGGAGACGGGCAUCGCGGCGCUCGCAAUCUGCGUCGCCUACGACGUGGCGCUGCUCGCAGAGAGGGGCGUCGCCGGGCCGCGGCAGCUGCUCGCCACUCGAGCGAUCGAACGCCGCCGGCUGGCGCAACAGGUGUCGCCUGUGGAGAGCCAGAGGCGGCCUGCGGCCUGCCCCUCCAACCGAGCCAAGGGCAACCGCUGCUGCCUGCUCGGCGGAUGCGCCGAAACGCACGCGUGCGCCGACAACAGCGUCAGUGGCCCCUGUGGCAGAGGUGCGCUGCUGGUGAGCCUGUCGCUGCUGGUGGUGCCGUUCCUGCCGGCCAGCAACGUGGCGCGCUACGUGGGCUUCGCGGCAGCGGAGCGCGUGCUCUACCUGCCCAGCGCCGGGCACUGCCUGCUGCUCGGCCUGGGCUGGCAGCGCCUCAACCGGAGGUCCCACCACCACCAGCACCAGCACCACCACCACCACCACCACUGGGCGUGGCUGUCAGGGUUUGCACUGGCUGCCACACUGGCCAGUCUUGGAGCACGGACCGUACUCCGCAACAGGGACUGGUACGACGAGGAGAGCCUCUUUCGCUCUGCGCUUCACAUCAACCCACCCAAAGCGUACGGCAACCUGGGCUGCGUGCUGAGCUCUGCGGGCCGCCUGGAGGAGGCGGAGUGGGCGCUGAGGCAGGCGCUCAAGCACAGGCCCAACAUGGCGGACGUCCACUACAACCUGGGCAACCUACUGCAGGCUAGAGGCCGCCCGGAGGAGGCAGAGCGCAGCUACCGGCUCGCCAUCCACUACCGGCCCUCUCUCGCAGCGGCGUACGUGUCACUGGGGCAGCUGCUGGAGGCACGGGGUCGGCUGCGGGAGGCGUCGCAGGUGUACGAGGACGGCACACAGCUGGACGGCGAGCGGCUGCGGGACCCGGCGGCGCACCUGCAGGCCACCCUCAGGGCGCUGCUGAGACUGGCCCGGCUGCGGGCCCAGCAGGGCGACUGGCAGGCGGCGGCCGACAGCUGCAGGCAGGUGCUGCUCAGGCACCGCACUGCCCAGCUGCAGGGGCUGUUGACACAGGUAAUGGCGCAGCAGGGUGCUGACCACUUAGUAAACAAGUGCUGUUCAGGCACCGUGCUGCCCAGCUGCAGGGACUGUUGA